AUGGUGCGCUCGCAAAUAGGGGCCCUGCAGCGGCUUUCGAGGUCGCGGCUUCUCUAUGCUCUCUGCGUUGGCCGGUCAAGGCCAACGCUAUGCUUGCGAUCGCAGCCUGCAACUCCCGCGCCACUGACUGGCGCCGAGCGCUCGUUCUCAAACGCGCGAGCAUUACGAUCGGUGGCAGGGAAUCAAGUCAAGACCGAGGACUCUGCAAUUACGCAGAACCCACCGACGGACGCUGCCGCCGCGGAAGAGGCCCGUCUACAAGCCGAAGUCGAGACCUAUCGUAAUAUUCGACAAUACCUUCGCAAAUGGCAGGAAACAAACCCCAAUGUUCUCGAUCCGGUUCGCGAAGCGGGCGACGCUAUGGCAUCAGAGAACACAGGCCAGUGGGUGGGAAAUAUGCUGAAUGGACGUGAGGCUUUCGAAAGCCUCUGGUCCAGCUCGCGGCUUUCUGUGCAGGACGACUUCGACACAUCACAAGAGUUUGAGGGCGACCAUUUGGAACCAGGUGAUCUUAUUGCGCGACUCUCGUCUGAUGGGAUCUUCAAUUUUGCGAUCUACGUUCAAUCAGUCCACAAACAAAAGCAGUUCUAUACUAACCGUGGGAAUUGGCGGAUCGGCUCAAGUCGCGAAAUCGACUAUGUCGUAAAGGGCUUUGCAGACCCCCAGUUUCUCGAGCCCCUUAAGCCUUAUUUCCCAGACACGGUGACGCAGACUAAAUCGGAGCUCCAGAUUGUUCCCGAAGGUGGCCUCCCCCGUCCCCUCGGGCGGCCACUUAUCGAAAUGAUGGCCGGGUUCGAAGAACAUAUCUUGGACUUUUAUCGUGAUCAUUCAAAAGUUCUUGAUGAUCUUCAUGAACUAGUGGCUGAUGAGUCGGAGUUUCUUCGGAUGACAUUGGACGAAUUGACUACGAAAGUUCUGGGCAUCAGUGAGUCGGAAUUGGACAUCGUUAAUAUGUUUGCCGUGCAUCAAGCUGUGCGACGCCAUCCGUUCAUAAUCGAAAGGGAUUCAAGCUCCCCAUUCAACCUCAUGUACUUGGUGCAGCCGAAAAGAAUUGCUCAGGUUGUCAGUCAAGUCACGACCUGGGUUCAUGAACACCAGGACUUCUUAAUUCGCUCUGCUAUGGGCAAGGAGACUACAGGAUUCAAGGAUCAUCCAGUACAAAAAUUUGUUCAGAAGGCACAACGCUUAAUCCGCCUAAGUCGAAAGGUCCGAUCGCCCACGAUCAUGUCCAGCGUGGGCCCGUCCUCUCAAAAGUUCCAACCAGGACAGGACGGCAAGCCUAUGGUGUUUCGGGAGGUUUUGACGGAGAGAUUUAGUAAUACCGAUCAAGCCAUUAUCGAAUUCUUGCAGCUCUACGCGAUUCCAUCCGUCGUCAUGCCAUCUGGUACCCUUCAGUCAACUGCCUCCCAUGUUAUGCGGGCAACGGGGAUGUAUAACACUCUGGGAUUGAGUGACUCCUCAACCCGUCUUUUCUUACAGGAACUUGGCGUCGUUGCGCCCUGGGAGAAUCUCAGUAUUUUAGAUCAGAACGUGCUGCUUCCGGGACACGGAAUGUCCCUGAUGGAAGAUAUGAAAUGGGAUGAGAUCCAAGAGGCUUGUCGUAAUAUCUCUGGAUCAUCACCGGAUUCCAUGCAGCGCCUAAGAAAGGAUUGGGGAAAUCUACCGAUCUACUGUAUCGACGAUGCUAAUGCUGAAGAAAUCGAUGAUGGUGUCUCCAUAGAGCGAAUUUCCGGCUCCGAGGAUACAUUCUGGGUGCAUAUUCACGUUGCCAAUCCAACGGCUUUCAUGAACCAUGACGACCCGAUUAUGCAGUAUGCAAAAUCGCGGCUUCUCACAACAUAUGUACCUGAGCGUACAUACCCUAUUUUCCCGAAAGGCCUCACCCAAGGUCAUUUCAGUCUGACCACCGGCCGGCCCACGUUGACUUUCAGCGCAAAGAUGAAUCUCCAAGGAGAGAUCUUGGAUACAGCAAUCACCAAUGGCACGGCUCAAAAUGUCAUCAGCAUUACACACAGCACCCUCCGCGAGUUCCUCGAUCCUGGUGCAAGCAAACCGGAUGAGACUCUUACCGUUGGAGGCGAAUUCACCCAGUCACCUCUCGUAGGUGGCAAAGUCUUCCGCGAGAUACUGUCGACGGAAGAUAAAGAAAACUUCACGAUCCUACGCAAACUUAUGCUGAGAUUCCGUGCCCAGCGCCAGAAAAAUGGCGCCAUGGAUCUCCCAAACAUGCGCCCCAACACACGCCUCUCGGUCCAGAUGGGAACAGAACCCGCUCGGCCCUAUGAAAUUCAAAUCACUGAUGGCCGCUACUUCGUCGGCGAUCCAAUAAUCCAGCUCCGCACAGAAGAUUUUGACCCGCACGAAGUUCGCGAUCAAUCCAAGAAUUAUCUCGUCUCGCUUCUGAUGAAUCUUGCUGGUCAUAUCGCCGGCCAAUUCUGCGCCGCUCGGAAUAUCCCUGUCGUCUACGAUGGGACCUGGUACGAUCCCGAGUAUGGCCAUGUUACGCGCGAGAAUCUUGCCGAAUUCGGCGGCCAGUCAUUCUAUCAAUUCGCUCUCCCCAAAUCCAUCUCGUCGUCCAGCCCUGUGCACCAUCAUGUUCUUGGUCUCGAUGCCUAUGUCAAGUGCACCAGUCCACUGCGGCGAUUUACCGAUGUGAUUGCACACUAUCAGAUCGAAGCUGCGCUUCUCUUCGAACAUGAGAACGGCCGCCAGUUUAAUGCCGUUGUUGACUCACCCGAACCAGCUGCUGAGGUCUUGCAAGACUCCGUGUCUGAGCAGGACUUACAUGCCGCCGACACACAAGCACCUCCCCUCCCCCUUCCCUACUCAAAUACCGAUAUCAAUGCUCACAUCACCUUCUCGCAACCUCUUCUCACUCGCCUCCGCGAGAUCUCUAAAUUCUCCACCCAGCACUGGGCAUGCAUGCUUCUCUUCCGAGCUUUCUACUUCGCCGAGUGCCCUCUCCCUUCCUCAUUCCCCGUCAUACUGCGCGCGCCGCGCGUGGGCUCUCCCCGUGAUGAAGGUACCCUCUACUCAGGCAUCAUCACCAAUCUCGGUAUAGACUGCGUGGUGAACAUUCCCGACGGCUGUCCUGACAAAGAGAAGAUGGAUAUCUCCGGCGUGGUCGAUGCGCAGAUUAUCGCCGUGGAUAUGGCUACGCUUGAAGUGCAGAUGGAGGCCACCGGGCUGGUCAAGGCGUUUGAGAGAACAGGUGAAUGGGCUUGA